CUGGCUAUACUGACGCUGUGGUGGCCAACAUCGGCAAUAGACACCUGUGUUAUGUACUGCAUAUAGGACUCUCGAACCUUGAAGAAUAGACAACUGUUGAACAAGUACCCGUAUCAUACGCUUACACAUUGCGUUCAUGUAGGGCAUUGAAUCUGGAUCAUCCACACCAACAUAUCACGCCCUAAUUGUUUAAAAAUUCUGAUUUCGAUUUUGAUGAAAACAUGCAGAGUGUUCUAUUCAACUAUGCUGCUUUGAUGUUGUCCGUGGUGUUUUUGUUGAGAUGUUGCUGCUGUGAACCGGACCCUGAGAGACGGCAACAGCAACGACUGAAGCAGGAUCUCCUGUACAACUACUCCACCACGGUGUCGCCCCAAGGGACGGCAAGUAGGGUCAUGGUCUCUGUGUCAUUCGCUGUCAUAGCUGUGAUAGCCGUGGAAGAAGCCAAUCAGAUGUUCCGCUUAAGUGGCGCUCUGACUAUGUCUUGGACGGAUCCUUGGUUGACAUGGGACAGGAGCAAUGAUAUCGAAAAGCUUGAAUUUGAACCUGAGGAGAUAUGGACCCCAAAUUUCGUGAUUGCAAACGGUGUAGGUAGCAAGAUUUCCUCUUUGUCCGCAAGUAUGCCAAUCUCCGUUUACCCUUCUGGCACGGCAAGGAUGUUCAUGAUAAAUGAAUUUGAGACAAUUUGUAAUUUGGAUGUGGUACGGUAUCCCUAUGAUGAACAGGUGUGUCGCAUAACGGUUAUCAGUUUGUUUAACUUAGAUUUUGGACUGGGAAAUCAAGAAUAUACCAACAUUUUUUCUACAUACUUUACUGGUAGCAGUGAAUGGGAGUUGGUUAACAAAACCAUUAGCGUUAAACGAGUCGCUGAUCGUAUUCCGUACGUUGACCUCGAAUUCCGACUACGGCGUCACAGCAUCUUCUACACCCUAAGCGUCAUCUUUCCAAUGUGUCUUCUCUCCUUCCUCAACGCCUGUGUAUUCCUGCUGCCCGCGGCCUCAGGGGAGAAGGUCUCCUUCCUCGUCUCCAUCUUCGUGUCCGAAGCAGUGUUCCUCAACUACAUUAAUGACGCUAUCCCCAAGUCCGGCAAUGCCUCUCGCCUCACUAUCUAUCUGGUUCUGCUUCUGUCACAGAGCGCCCUGGCUCUGCUCGCCACUCUCCUGGUCAUAAACACUCACCAUCGACAGGGGGCGUUGCUUUGUCGCCUCCGUAAGAAGAUCGCAGUUCAAAGCACAAGUCCAUUGGAGAGAGGCGAUGACAUCAAGAACGAUGAAGCAGCAGACAGACUCGAUAAAAUUAUGUUUGUCCUGUUUGUGUUGAUGGCCGCACUCUCAAUACUUGUGUUUCGUAUAUAG